AUGGGUCUCCUCAUGUAUCAAACUAUGGUCAUCCUCACCUGUCUUACUAAAGGAAACAGACCUUCGUGUACUUUUGACAUUGAAGUUGAUACAAACGUUAAGGUUAAUCGACUCAAAGAGUUGAUCAGAGAUGACCAAAAGCACACCUUCGCUAAAUUUGAUACCAGCCAACUCAUUCUAUGGAAAAUAAAUAUUCCAAACAACCGUGCCAACGAAAUUCAUGACCUUGAUCUUGAAAAUGAUUUGAACAUAGAAGAGAUGUUUGGUUCAGAAGAGAUUCGCAAGUACUUUGAAAACGUAUCUAAUGGAAGCAUUCAUAUUUUAGUCGAACAAAUCUCAUAUGAAUCCGAUAAAAAGGUUGAAGAAUUGGGAGAUGAUUUACAAAGAUUAACAAUAGGCAACGAAGAAAAGAAAAAGAAUGGGAUUAUUUCGUUGAGAGAACUUGAAGAUUGGAUUCUUAACGAAAUUCCUGAUAAAAUUACCAAACCUAAGUCAAAUCAUGCUAGUGAUAACCUUAUCGUUAAACGUGAUGGUAUAUAUUUGGGUCCGGUCUCAAUAUUAAAAGCAAUGCCAAUACAAACUAAACAAUCGUAG